GUAUGCCAGCGGUGAAGUUUACGAUGGAUCCUUCCAGGACAGCAUGCGACACGGCCACGGCAUGCUGCGCAGUGGCAAGCUCAACACUUCCUCCCCCAGUGUCUUCAUUGGCCAGUGGCUGCAGGACAAGAAGACCGGCUACGGAGUCUUCGACGAUAUCACAAAAGGAGAGAAGUACAUGGGCAUGUGGCAGGACCACCUGCGGCAGGGCACCGGGGUCGUUGUCACUCAGUUUGGCCUGUACUACGAAGGAGCCUUCAAAGAUAAUAAGAUGAUGGGCACUGGGAUCCUCCUGUCAGAGGACGACACUGUGUACGAGGGGGAAUUCUCUGAUGACUGGACCCUCAAUGGAAAGGGCGUCCUUACCAUUGCAAAUGGUGACUACCUGGAGGGCUCCUUCAGUGGAGAAUGGGGCUCUGGCCUCAAAGUGGCGGGGUCCUACUUCAAACCAAACCUGUUUGACACCGAUAAGGAGAAGACCCGUGCCGUAAAGCUGGGCCGUCUGUGUGUGUGUGCAGAGGAUAAGUGGCAGGCGGUGUUUGAGGAGUGUUGGAGCCAGCUUGGCUGCGAGGCGCCUGACCAAGGAGAGAACUGGAAGGCUUGGGAGAACAUCGCUGUGGCCCUCACCACCAGGCGACAACACAUCCAGGACAGGAGCCACAGCAGAACCCUGGAGAGUCUGGAGGUCAUCCCACAGCACGUAGGUCCGAUCACCAUGGAGCGAUACAACACCAUUCGCCUCUACCUCAUCAAGGCCUGUGACACACCCCUCCACCCGCUGGGCGGGCUGGUGGAAACCCUCGUGGCAGUUUACAGGAUGACCUAUGUGGGUGUUGGAGCGAAUCGUCGGCUGCUGCCUCAGGCUGUCAAUGAGAUCAAGUCGUACCUCAACCGAAUCUUCCAGAUUGUCAGGUUUCUUUUCCCAGACCUGCCAGAAGAGGGCGGUCUAAUUCCAGAGCCGACCACUAUCCUCCAGGACAAGAAGGAGCCAGGCUCGACCGAUGCCCCACUGGAGUCACCAAAACCUAGCCAUGUGGUGAGCAGCUCAGCUCUGCUGCUCCCCGUGCUGCUACCUCGUCUCUACCCGCCACUCUUCACCCUCUAUGCUCUGGACAAAGAGAGAGAAGACGACAUCUACUGGGACUGUGUCCUCCGCCUCAACAAGCAGCCUGACCUGGCCCUGCUCGCCUUCCUGGGCGUUCAGCAAAAGUUUUGGCCUGUCUCCAUGCCUGUGCUGGGGGAGAAACUGCAGGUUCUCUCCAACACCAAGAACAUCUGCUUCGCCUCUGCAGUGGAAACAUUACAGCAGAUCAGCACAACAUUCACCCCGUCAGACAAGCUGCAGGUUAUCAAGCUCACCUUUGAGGAGAUCACCCAGGAGGUUCAGGCUCUGCUGAAGCAGGACUUCCUGUGGUCAAUGGAUGACCUAUUCCCUGUCUUCCUCUAUGUGGUCCUGCGUGCACGAAUCAGGAACUUGGGGUCAGAGGUCAGCCUGAUUGAAGACCUGAUGGACCCUUGUGUUCAACAUGGAGAGCAUGGCAUCAUGUUCACCACACUCAAGGCUUGUUACUACCAAAUCCAGCAUGAGAAGAUCACUUAAGAACUGGCGUUACUUCCUCAGUGAUCUGCAUGCUGCCGUCCCACCCACCAUCACAGCCGAUCACAGGGCCAGUAUCAGAGAGGCUUCAGGCACAGCUCCAUCUGCUGCCCACCCACACACACACACACACACACACACACACACACACACACACACACACACACACACACACACACACACACACACACACACACACUUUAGCCCUUUUAGUGACCUCUACCGGCCGCUUAUCCACAGAUCAUGAAGGUACACAUGUGAAUAUGAAUAUUGUCAAUGUUCUACUGCCAGAUAUGAGCCGCUUCAUACUGUCCAGUGUAAAACAGCAGAAAGACCGAAUGACUGAUGUAGGUGACAUUGUUACCUGGAUUUUUUUGUGCCAAUGGGAGUGGCACAUUCUCUGGUUUCCCUGGUCACAGGUCACUUAAGAACGCCAGUUCUUAAGUGACCUGUAUCUGACUAGUAUCUAGUACUGUGAGAUACUAGACCUCAUUUUUCUUCCUUCAGAAGAAUAAAUUUUUCGCAAGACGAUCCAUCACAGAAAAAACAUGUUCCUUUUCAGCCUUAAGUGUUUCAGAUCGUUUCACUUCUUUUUAUUCACUUCAUGAAGAAACUGACAUAACGUGGAAAUAAUCUCCCAAAAGCAUGCCACUUUAUAAACUGACUUACUUUUUAUUUGGUGUCUUUCUCAGUAGUGUGUUUACAGCUAGCUCAGUUUUCAAAUGGUUUCUUUAACCCUGAAACACAACUUCAACAAACGACACAGAGGUGAGAUUCAGACUUUAUCAGAAGUGUUUUCAAACCAAUAUUUUCCAGGUUUACAAGAGAAAAAACCUCAAGGAUGAACUGGUUGGUUUGGCAAGUGCACGUCUGGUUAAGAUUCCCACCUCCAAUAAAGAGCAGCUCACAGCCGCUUCCCUGAUUCUUUCCUAUGGGAACCACAGGCGCUAGAUCUGAUGCUGUAUUUAUACAAAACAAAUCCUGUAUAGAGUGAAUUUGGUAAACUCUAAAUGAUUAUAAUAUUUUUCUGUUACACCAGCUGGGAGCAGAAUACAGUUAAAGCUAGUACGUGGCUCAAUUAGUUGAUUCUGCCAGCAUCUUUAGCAGCCAACGAGCUACUUCACCUUUAAGAAGUAAUGUUGCUGAUAGAAGAUUAAAAUCCAGUGUGACGAACCGUGACACUUUCAUCAUGACUUGUUUCUGCAGCUCAACACUUAACAGACGUGAAUCUAUUGAAUACAUGCAAAACCAGGCUGAGAAAAUGUCCCCUUUUGAACACAGAGCAAAAGCUAAGUGCAGUGAAAUAUAUAUGUUUUUCCUAGACAAUCGGACAGCUACUUGUUUCUGAGCCCAGUUUUCAGUAUUAUGAGUAUUGACUUGGUGCUGGCAAAAUCUGAAAAGGUAUGGGCUUAAAAUCAGCCUCUUUAACAGUUUUGGACUUGACAAAGAAGUCAAAAGCCGCAUCGAAGAAUUUGUUUGUAUUAAUUGUAUUGUUGGGGGGAAAUCAGUCAUUGCAGACUAGGAGAGAAGUCAGCACAUUUUUCAUGAAACUAAACACUAUUUGAAGGUCUUAAAAUCUGUUAAUCUGUAAAACACAGUAUGCACAAGGUAAAAUGUUGGAUUUUUCCUGCUGCAGGUGAUGAGUGAUGCAGUCGGCUUAAUGCAAACACUGUUUUUAUAGAUGGGAUGCUCAAAGCUGAUUCUCUGCGCCAUCUGUUAAUGCUAACUGUUCUUUUUUAAACCAUUUACAGCAUUGUCAGAUUUGCGUCACACAUGGCAGUUUAUAAAAGGGCUUAAGAGGGGACUCAGAGGAUGAUCGAGCCUUUUUUAAUAUCAUGGCUUUUGUUUUCUCAGGUGGUUUAACAAUAGAAAAGCCAGCGGAUCAGAGGCCUCUUUUUCAAGUGACUAAAUUUAGAUGAAGCUGCUGUUUUUCCCUGCAGGAUUUUAAAAAUCUAGCAACAGAAAAUGGUUAGUAUGUAGAUCUGAAAUUUAAAGCUGCUGUCGUUAACUUUGGCUGUGAUAUAAGGUUGAAGUUUGAGGUCACACACUUUCACAAAUAAAUUUGAAAACAAAUGUAAUUUAAAUUAUUCUUUAAACUGUAAAAUGUAUCUCAACAGAUAUUAUGUAGUAAACAUCCCAGUGUAUCACCAUUUUGAAUUGGACUUGUGUGACUUGAUUGAUGAUUGUGAUAAUGCUUUCCAUCCCUGGUUAUCCUGGGACGGGAUGUGCCUGACAUUUAAAAGCACUAAAACAGUAUUGUCUUUGUAACUGGGGUGGGGAGUUUAUUCCCAAAACGCUGUGGACGCUUAGACAAAACAUUCCCCUGGUGUAACAUUAUUUUGUCAACCAGAGACUUCAGUUGUGUGCGUGUUUUUUUUUUUUUUUAAAACACAUCUUUAUGUCACUGACAAGACAAGGCUUCCUGUAUGUUGUGUAGAUGUGAUGGUGUUUCAGCUAUUAUUUUCUCAUGUCAGUAAGCUCUUAACUCAAUCUACUUAAAAUGAAAGACAAAUAUUUUAUUAUGUCAACAACACAGCUGACUUGCAAACCUAACUACUAAGGCAGAACGGGACAUUCAUUGUAAUAGUUGUACCACAAGUGACAUGAAGUGCUAUUUUAAAUCCAAACUGAAUGGUUAUAAAGAUAAACUGAAGAUAAUGUGACACCUGUUUAGUUAACUUGCUGUACCUCAACAUCGUUUUAUCAUGAAAACGCCCCACACAAGUCAUACUGUUGCAUUUUAUGCAUAAUUAACUGUUUUGUCAAUGGAAUUUUGGUGAUUACCAGUUGAAAUGUUGUGUUUCAGAUGGUUUACAUGACUCCGACCUGUGUGUCUUUUACAUGAUGUCAAAUGUAUUGUACCUUUUAAAUGAUAACAAACGGCAAUAAACUCAUUUGAUGGACGUUGCUAACUAAA